AGUAUUUUAAUAACGAAAAAUUGAUUCCGGGCAAUGAUUUCAUUUUUUAUGAUUUUCAAUAUAUCAGAUAUAAGAAAGAAAUCCGGAAAAGGGGUGCCGUUAUUUACAAUCAUAUAGGCUGAGGCCUUAUGAUGCUUGGCCUUAUUGAAUAGGCCACCAUACUGAAUACUGGAGCAGUAUAUAAAUAAAACUGACAUUCGAUCAGUUCACAAGUGUCUGAACUUAGAGAAGAGAGAGAAGUAAAAAAAAUAUGAAUGAAGACAAUAAUUUGGAUUAUCAACAAUUAUAUGAAUUAAAAUAGGCCUGUUUGUCACUGGUAAACCUGUAUAGUUAUGUGCCAUAAUAAUAUAAUCAUUGAAGGAGAUAAGUGCUAGUGUGACGAACUGGUUUUUAUGUGCCAUGUAUUAAAAUCAAAAAUGUUUAAGAUACCAAAGCUGAAGCUACUUACACAGUGCAACCAACUUGUAAAUCCGAGGAUAUAGAAUGUUUUAAAUUUAUCAUUAUUUUAGUUGUUUUUAAGAUAAUCUAUAUGGGAUUAUAUAUUUUAACCUGACAAUUUAAACAAUUUUAAAUCAAGGACCAACCAAAGAUUUACUUGUUCUAGUCUUAUUUUACUUUGUGCCAAAUUUUUAAUUUUUGUAUAAAUAUCGUCUCAUUUGUUUUAACAAAGAGGACUGAUUGAAAUUGGUUAAAUCUACAUAUUAAGAGGUUAUACAAAUUUAUGGAGAAAAUGGUCUUCAUUCGUUCAGCUACUAGAAAAAAGAUUAUUUUAUUUCUUCUUGCCUUGUGUGCUCUUGUGUUAUUAUUUUUAAAUACUUUUCCGUGUGAUUCUGGGCCACAGUAUUACAUGGUACCUAAGGAACGGACUAAAUAUGUGUAUGGUAUUGACAAAAAGGCAAUUCCAUAUGAUAAAUUUAUGCCCUUGAUAUUUGUCGGGGGAAUGCCACGGAGUGGAACAACACUAAUGAGAGCCUUGCUGGAUGCUCAUCCAGAAAUUCGUUGUGGUGAAGAAACAAGAAUAAUCCCUCGGAUUCUUGGAAUGCGGACUCAAUGGGAAAGAUCUCCCACAGAGAAAAAGCGUCUUUCUGAAGCUGGAAUAACAAGUGAAGUGAUGGACUCGGCUGUGCAAAAUUUUAUUCUUGAAAUCAUCGCAAAACACGGGAUUGCUGCUAAACAUCUUUGUAACAAAGAUCCAUUUACUCUUAAAUCCACCAUUUAUUUAUCAAAUCUCUUUCCUAAUGCUAAAUUUGUUUUCAUGAUUCGUGAUGGUCGAGCCGUUGUCAAUUCCAUUAUUACCAGAAAAGUUACCAUAUCUGGAUUUGACUUGAAAAAUCCUAGAAAAUGUCUACAACGAUGGAAUCAAGCUGUAGAUUUAAUGUAUUCUCAGUGUGUUCGUGUUGGACCUACCCGAUGUUUGCCUGUAUAUUAUGAACAACUAGUGUUACAUCCGGAAGUUUGGAUGCAUAGAAUAUUAAACUUUUUAGACAUACCAUGGAAUGCCUCUGUUUUACAUCAUCAGGACUAUGUGGGAAAACCUGGUGGCAUUUCUUUAUCACGCACUGAAAAAUCAACAGACCAAGUUAUUAAACCAGUGAAUCUAGAAGCUUUAUCAAAAUGGGUGGGACAUUUCCCUGAAGAUGUGGUCAAAGAUAUGGCAGCUAUUGCUCCGAUGUUGCAAGUGCUUGGUUAUGAUCCCAAUGCCAAUCCUCCAGAUUAUGGUACACCUGAUGAACAAGUUCGGGACAAUACCCUGCACAUACAAAAAAAUCUGAAUUUUUGGAGACAAAGAGAAAGAGAUAUUUUUGACAAAAAUCCAUUAAAUAAAACUAAUUCAACAUCCAAAAAAUCAUAACUUUUAUUCCCUUUUAAAUUUGAAUUGUUAUUGUUUUAUCAUUAUUUGUUCAUUGUUGUUUGAAUUCAUUGGUUGUUUUUGUUGGUUUUUUGUUUCGAGUGGAAUCUAAAUGUAGUACAGAUUAAAGCAUAAACGUAAUUCAUCUUGGUUAAAGAGUGUAUGAUCAUUUUAAUUAAUUUUCUACAUUACAACUUAAUUCAAAUCAGCUUAGGUCUACUUAUCUCAUUACAGAUACCCAUAGUUCUAUCUGGUGCCGUAGUUGUUCAGUGAGUAAGACACUAAGAUCUAGGGUUCGCUCCCUGUGAUGGCCUAGGUUGAAAUUCCUCAGGAUUUUCCAACAUAGUGCCUGGCAAGGACAGUGUCUAGUCAUUUGAUUGCACGAAAAAACGAGGCCCUGUGUACAUAUUGAUGUUUACAUAAAAGAACCCUUGACAGUUGAUAUUCAAAGUAGGCUGUAGCACCGCUGUCCUGUCAAAAUUUCCCUCCUAGCACAAUGCAUGGCAUUAAGCGAUGGAUACUCUAUCCAAAUGAUUUGGCCGAAUAAAUCGGCGUCGAAAUUCUCCUAGUGUAUCCAGUGUCAUUCGGCCGAAUGAUUCGCCCGAAUCAAACAUGUUUGAUACAUUCUGCCGAAUGAAUUAUAUUCGCCUAGUGUGGUGCUUCGCCGAAGCAUUCGGCUGAUUGUAGAUCGACGCCAUGUUUAAUCAGGUGACGUGAAAGGUAAUGCAAUCGACUGGUGAAUCUGGCGAAUGUAUCGGUUAAUGUGUCAGCUUAUGUGUCCACCGGUUUCCUCCCGCCGCUAAAUUAUUAUUGAAAUACAAUUGAAACAUGUGUUAGUCCCGAAAUGACCUAGUUUGUGUCAAGUGGAGGUUAAACCCAUUUCUCUCUCUCUCUCUCGGUUCAGAGUGGAUCAAUUUGACUGAAAUUUUCCGCAAAUUGCCUUUAUAUUAGCUAGUUCUUAACUAUUAUAGUAAGACCUGCCAUCUCUUUAUCUAAUCUCCCAUAAUGUAUCUUUAAGGAUUCAGUCAUAAUUAUGUACAGUUGUUUUGGGUCUUGAAAACAAAUACUGUACAUUUAAAGUGCUGAAGUGUAAUCAAAGGUAUAGAGGCAUAUGUUGAACUUUCACAUCACCAGUUCAGUAGCAAAAGUAAGAGCAUGUAAUGUUGACAUUUAUUACCAGAUGAAUUGUAAACUAACCUUAAAACCUACUUAAAGAGAGAUGCUUUAGUUUACACAUUUUUUAAUUUUACAUUAAUGAAAGCUUGUAUAUUUAAGACUUCCUCCAAAGUUUAUAUUGCUUUAACAGAUGGCUCUGCCAUAAUUUCAUUAUAUAUUUAAGAAUUUAAUUAUAUUAUUAAACAAUCAUUUGCAGAAAGAAUUUAAUUAUAUUAUUAAACAAUCAUUCGCAGAAAGACUAUUAAAACCUUAAAAUGUGUUUAAAUUGAAAUAAACUUACAAAUUUAAUAGUUUUUAUCCAUUAUGCCACAAUGUAUUACGGUAAAGAAUUGUUCAGUUUGUAAAAAAAAAAAAAAAAUUUGUAAGACUACAGGAAUCACCAAAAGAAUCCUGUUCAUAAUGUGGCUUUAAAUAAAUACAUUAGUUGUUAUCUAUAUAAAAUUGUGUUUACUAAUAUUGUCAAUCAUGGGAAUAUACUUUUAAGAAUAUGGUACAUGUACUUUAUUUUGUUCCACCAUGGACCUUAUAUAAUACAUGUAUUAUAAGGUCCAUGGUUCCACAGGUUAUUUGGUUUGUAACAUUUGAUUGUUGUCUGCACCCAUGUCUGUUAGCAUUUCCUUGCAGACCAUUUAAAAAGAAGAGUUUGGGGAAUAAUUUUAACAAAGAUGGUCAAGCAUAUCAAAAUUUGACACCACCCAUUCAUAUGUUAUUGUCUCUGAGAUCUAAGAUUUAUGAAACAAGUUUUAGCAAUAGUUUCUAUAGUAUAAAUCAAGAGUUAACUCACAUCAGUGGCAGAAUCAAUUUUGAAAUCAAACUGCCCAAAAAUAUAGUUGCAUUGUGAAGCAAUAUAAAAUAAAUCAAAACUUUAAUAGACUAAACUGUGUCUGAGCAUGAUUAUGUUUUGUUGCCUGACAAGUUGGCAUUACAAGAGAGGCAUAAUGUUAGAACUGGUUCUUAGAAACUUAUAAGCUUAUAUACUUGAUCAUUUUUAUAUUGAGAUAUGUUGAAAUCCUUUGGAACAAUAUGUGUAACAAUUUGUUUUUAAAGCUUUAUUUUAUUAAAAUUCAUUCAUUAUAAAUGUAAAUAUAUAUGUUUUGUGAGAUAAAGUUUUAAUUUGGUGUUGA